AUGCCUUAUCCCGAAGAAUCUCAGGGUUUCAUGAUUGACGGUCCUGAACCAUGGGCUGAUUUCCAGAAGCGUUGGUUUAAACUGAAGCCUUUUGAAGAGCAUGACGUCGACGUCAAGGUCGAAGCAUGCGGUAUUUGCGGAAGUGACGUGCACACCAUUGGCGGUGGUUGGGGACCUAAGAACUGGCCCUUGUGUUGUGGUCAUGAAAUUGUUGGUACCGCGAUCAGGGUAGGAGCCAAGGUCACAAACGUCAAACAGGGCCAAAGAGUUGGCGUGGGAGCGCAGGUCUACUCUUGCGGUGAGUGCAAGCAAUGCGAGAACGACAACGAGACCUAUUGCCCUCACGUCCUGAUCGACACGUACGGCUCCAAGUGGCCCAACACGGGCGUUAUCAGCCAGGGUGGCUAUUCAUCUCAUGUCCGCGCCCACGAGCACUGGGUUUUUGCGAUCCCCGAAAAGUUGGCUACCAAUGUAGCAGCACCUAUGCUGUGUGCAGGCAUCACGGCGUUUUCUCCAUUGGUCCGCAACGGUGCAGGCCCCGGAAAGAAAGUCGGCAUCGUGGGCAUGGGGGGAAUCGGACACCUUGGAAUCGCGUUUGCAAAGGCUCUCGGAGCCGAAACAUGGGCCAUCUCGCGUACCAGAGCCAAGGAGGCCGAUGCUCGCAAACUGGGAGCGGAUGGAUUCAUUGCCACCAGCGAAGAGGGAUGGGACAGCGAGCACCGGUUCUCAUUCGACCUCAUUGUCAACUGCGCCAACUCGUCUCAGAACUUUGAUCUGGCGCGGUACCUUUCCAUCAUGGAUGUCCACGGGCGGUGGGUUAGUGUUGGGCUUCCGGAAGAAGAGGGACAGGUCAUCAAGGCGCAGAACCUGAUCGCGAACGGCGUCUUGAUCGGAGCUAGCCAUCUGGGAAGCCGCAAGGAGAUGAUCCAAAUGCUCAACCUGGCGGCCGAAAAGGGCGUCGGCACGUGGAUUGAGACGAUUGACAUCAACGAGGCGAACCUGAAGCAGGCGAUGACGCGGAUGACCAAGGGAGACGUGCGCUACCGGUUCACCUUGACGGGGUUCGACAAGGCAUUUGCUUGA